UCAGGAGCGUGUGGAUUGCGAGCUACUGCAGAACUCUGUUCUCAGGACCCAUUAUUUUAAACAUUUGGGAGAAACACAUCCAAAAGGUACGCAGUUGACUGAGGAGGCCGGGAGAAUCUGAAGAUUCCGAUGACAUCAGAGCUACUUUUCAGCAAGCUUCUCAGCUUCCUUUCCCACAUAGCAGAGGCUCAGCCCGGAGACAGACGAUACUGACAUGUGCAUUUGGUGAACAGCAAACGAUGAAGAAAGAAAAGCAGCAUAUUCCCUAAGAAGUGUUACCUCCGUGCCACUACAUAGCUCUGUGCUAAAGGAGGGAGGUUCUUCGGCUGCCCUAGCUGCAGAUCAGCGCUGAGGUCCGCCUUGGAGUUUGCCUGCCUCUUAACCUGUCACUGCCAGAGGACAUCCUGGUCAGAAUGUAACAGCACAUCACUCUCUGACUGCUAGGGAAGGUGAUCGGCUGACGUUAACUUCCUGAAGUUGGAUCUUACAGACAAAAAAGAAAAAAGAAAAAAAACAACCAAAACAAAAAACAUAUCUUUAAAGUGACUAGAAGCCAAGCCCCUGUGAACACUUGUAUUGAACAUGACUCAUGGAGAAGAGCUUGGCUCUGAUGUGCAUCAGGAUUCUAUUGUUUUAACUUACCUAGAAGGAUUACUAAUGCAUCAGGCAGCAGGGGGCUCAGGUACUGCCGUUGACAAAAAGUCUGCUGGCCACAACGAAGAAGACCAGAACUUUAACAUUUCUGGCAGUGCGUUUCCCACCUGUCAAAGCAAUGGGCCCGCUCUCAAUACACAUACGUACCAGGGAUCUGGCAUGCUGCAUCUCAAAAAAGCCAGACUGCUACAGUCUUCUGAGGACUGGAAUGCGGCAAAGCGGAAGAGGCUGUCUGAUUCCAUCGUGAAUUUAAACGUAAAGAAGGAAGCUUUGCUGGCUGGCAUGGUUGACAAUGUGCCUAAAGGCAAGCAGGAUAGCACAUUACUGGCCUCUUUGCUUCAGUCAUUCAGCUCCAGGCUGCAGACUGUUGCUCUGUCACAACAGAUUAGACAGAGCCUCAAAGAGCAAGGAUAUGCCCUCAGUCACGAUUCCUUAAAAGUGGAAAAGGAUUUAAGGUGCUACGGCGUGGCCUCGAGUCACUUAAAAACUCUGUUGAAGAAAAGUAAAACCAAGGAUCAAAAGUCCGGUGGCACCCUCCCUGAUGUGACUCCAAACCUCAUCAGAGAUAGCUUUGUGGUGGAGUCACCUCAUCAAGUCGGACAAAGCGGGACAAAGGUCAUGAGUGAACCCUUGUCAUGUGCCGCAAGAUUACAGGCUGUUGCCAGCAUGGUGGAAAAAAGGGCUAGCCCCGCCACCUCCCCUAAGCCUAGCGUGGCCUGCAGCCAGUUAGCGCUGCUCCUUUCCAGCGAAGCCCAUCUACAGCAGUACUCUCGGGAACAUGCUCUAAAAACCCAGAGUGCACAUCAAGCAGCAAGCGAAAGACUUGCUGCCAUGGCCAGAUUGCAGGAAAAUGGUCAGAAGGACGUGAGCAGUUUCCAGCUCCCCAAAGGGGCAUCUGGCCAUCUCAACGGGCAGGCCAGAACCUCCUCAUCCUGCAAACCUGUGGCUAGCAAGAAUAAUGCCGCAACGUUUCAGAAUCCAAUGGGGGGUGUUCCUUCUUCCCCCAAAAACACGGGCUAUAAAAACUCACUGGAAAGAAACAGCAUAAAGCAAGUUGCCAAUAACAGUUUGCUUUUACACCUUCUCAAAAGCCAGACCAUACCCACGCCAAUGAAUGGGCAUGGCCAGAAUGAGAGAGGAAGUCGUUUCGAGGAGAGCAGCACCCCCACCACAAUUGAUGAGUACUCCGAUAACAACCCUAGUUUUACAGACGACAGCAGCGGAGAUGAGAGCUCCUAUUCCAAUUGUGUUCCCAUAGACUUGUCCUGCAAACACCGCAUGGAGAAGCCAGAGGCCGACAGACCGGUUUCUCUUGAGAACCUCACUCAAUCCCUGUUAAACACGUGGGAUCCCAAAGUCCCUGGUGUGGACAUCAAAGAAGAUCAAGAUACCUCAAAAAAUUCCAAGCUGAAUUCACACCAGAAAGUCACCCUUCUUCAGCUGCUCCUUGGCCAUAAAAGUGAAGAGAAUGUUGAAAGGAACGCCAGCCCUCAGGAAGUCCCCUGUGAUGUGACUAAGUUCAGUCCACAGAAUUACACAAGGACUUCUGUCAUUGAAAGCCCCAGUACACACAGGACUACCCCCGUGAGCACUCCACCACUGCAUACAUCCACCAAAGCGGAGUCUCCCAUCAACCUUUCUCAGCACUCUCUGGUCAUCAAGUGGAAUUCCCCCCCACCGUACGCCUGCAGUACUCCCUCUUCCAAGCUAACCAGCACCGCGGCUGGCCACUUGAUGGACUUCACAAAAAGCAAAGAGUCGCCAGCAGAGAAACCAGCCCCGAGUGAAGGUGCCCCAAAUUCGGCAACGUUCAGUGCCAGUAAACUGUUACAAAAUUUGGCACAGUGUGGAAUGCAGUCUUCCAUGCCGGCGGAAGAGCAGAGACCCAGCAAACAGCUGUUAAGUGGAAAUGCAGAGAAACCUCUCGGUGUGAUCGAUAGGUUAAAUAGCCCUCUGCUCUCCAACAAAGCCAAUGCAGUUGAAGAAAACAAAGCCUUCAGCCAUCAGCCAGCAGGACCUGACCCGGCCCUGCCAGGUUGUGAGAUAGAGAAUCUGCUGGAAAGACGCACUGUCCUUCAGCUGCUCCUGGGGAAUUCCAACAAGGGGAAGAGCGAAAGGAAAGAGAAAAUUCCUUUGCGAGAGGAAGGUACCCAGGAACAUGCAGAGAGAUCUGUGAGUGAACAGAUACUGAUGGUGAAAAUCAAAUCCGAGCCUUGCGACGACUUCCAGGUUCAUAACACAAACGUGCAUUUAAACCAUGACGCUAAGAGCGCCCCGUUCUUAGGCGUCACUCCCACCAUGCAGAGGAGCACAGCUGCCUUACCAGUGGCCGAGGACUUUAAAUCAGAGCCCGCUUCACCUCAGGAUUUUUCUUUCUCAAAGAAUGGUCUGUUAAGUCGAUUGCUGAGACAGAAUCAAGAGAGUUACCCAGUGGAUGAUCAGGACAGGAGUCACAGAAAUAGUGAGUUGACGCCCCUGGAGUCAAAGAACUUUUGCAUGGUCCCCAAGAAAAGGAAGCUUUAUACGGAACCACUAGAAAAUCCAUUUAAAAAAAUGAAAAAUAGUGCUGUAGAUACUGCCAGUAAUCACAAUGCCCCGGAAGUACUCUAUGGGUCCUUGCUUAAUCAGGAAGAACUGAAAUUUAGCAGAAAUGACCUUGACUACAAAUACCCUGCUGGUCAUAGUUCAGCCAGUGACAGUGAACACAGGAGCUGGGCCAGAGAGAGCAAAAGCUUCAACGUUCUGAAACAGCUGCUUCUCUCCGAGAACUGUGUGCGAGAUCUGUCCCCGCACAGGAGUAACUCUGUCAUCGACAAUAAAAAGAAAGGACAUAAAAAUAAUGUGCCCAAUAGCAAACCUGAUUUCGGCAUUUCUUCUUUAAAUGGACUGAUGUAUAGUUCCCCUCAGCCCAGCAGUUGUGUGGAUAACAGGACAUUUCCAUACCCAGGAGCGGGAAAAUCUCCUCUGAGUCCUCCCUUCCCGGAGCACUUGAGCUGCGUGGGGUCCAGACCAGAACCUGGGCUUUUGAAUGGGUGUUCCGUGCCCAUUCCCAACGAGAAGGGACCCAUUAAGUGGGUCAUCACAGAUAUGGAUAAGAAUGAGUAUGAAAAAGACUCCCCAAGACUGACCAAAACGAACCCAAUCCUCUAUUACAUGCUUCAGAAAGGAGGCAAUUCUGUUACCACCCGAGAAACACAGGACAAAGAAGUCUGGAGGGAGCCUUCAUCUGCUGAGAGGGUCUCACAGGUGACAAUCAAAGAAGAGUUACUUCCUGCAGCAGAAACUAAAGGUCCCUUCUUCAAUCUAAGAAGCCCUUACAAUAGCCAUAUGGGAAAUAAUGCUUCUCGCCCACACAGUACAAAUGGAGAAGUUUAUGGACUUCUGGGAAACGUGCUCUCAAUAAAAAAGGAGUCAGAAUAAUGUGUAUCUGCUGUACCAUUUUUGGAUCUUUUUAAAAUUAAUCAGUAUGAACUUGAGAUCUGUAUAAAUAAGAGCAUGAUUUGAGAAAAGCAUGGUAUAAUUGAAACUUCUUCAUUCUGAAAGUAUUGGUUACUGGUGAUGUUUAAAUAUGCAUACUAAUUUUUGCUUAACAUUAGAUGUCAUGAGGGAACUAUUGAACUAGAAGUUGGUUGUUUAAUACUUCUGUGUACAUCAGAUGACAACUGUGAGUAGCCUAUGGAUGAAAUGAUUUUAUAGUCAUAAAUAAGAGGCAUACGUUAAAAUGCAAAAACUCCAUCAACAGUGGAUUGAUGCGGUUUGCUUGCUCUCUUUGUUAGGGUACUUCAUCUCGCAUCUCAGAAGUCAGCCUACAUAACACGUUUUUAAAGUCCAAAUUGUUAACUAUUGAAAGAUAAUCAAAUUAAGAAAAACCCAGAAGCCUUCUGCUGAUUCACAUCUCAUCAGUUCAAAAGUAAGAAGAAGUAGUAAUGCUUACAUUUUUCACUUUUGCUAAACAAAAAUUCUUUUUAACUCUUGGAAGGGGUUUUGAGAUUCCCAUUGUGUCUGCCCCACCCCAGACGUUUUCAAUGUGUAUUUCUUUAAACCUUGUACUAUUUAGUAAAAAUUGAUUACAAUGAAGGGCAGUUUAAUAGAUCCUUCAAAAUAAAAGGCAGAUUUCCAUUUUUUAUAUUUUGACUACUUUCCUAAAUUAAUACUCCUCCUUUUACAAAAUUAGGGAAGGUAAUGUUCAUCUUCAGGCAGUUUCCUGAAUAAUUGACUACUUAGAAAUAGUUUUUAACAAAAGCAAAAAUGGGUUUUCUUUGAACGAUUUUCACCAUCUCUUGUGAAGUUAAUCCUCCCCAUUCCUGUGGUACCUGUAAAUCUUAGGACCAGGAUUUCUUAAUUCUGGGCACAGAAACUGCAUUAGGACCAUAUGGAGCAGUUGUUUAAAAUGCAGAUUGCUAGGCAGCAUCUCUCAGGUCUCCAGAACAGGGUCUCUGCUGGACCUGGGAGUCUUCGGUCUACACCUUAACAUGUUCUGUAUGUGUUGGAAAACCAUGGCUUACAACUUUUCCAGAACAUGAGACUUUAAAGAAACUAUUUGAUGCCUAUACUUACCCCCAAUACAGUCACACAUCAACUCAAAAUUUGCAGUAUUGUAGUUCCUAUAUUGCUGUUAUAUCUUUGGAAAUCAGGUUCAGAAUACUUUUUAUGACAAAAAAAAUCAGGUAGAGGGGACACAACUUUCCUAUCUGGGUCAACAUCUCAGGAAAAUCUGUGAUUAUUUAUUUGUUCUAAUUAAUAACACCAACUUAAUUAGCCUUAGGGAUGGAAUAACAGGGCCACUUAGCAAACUCAGGUGAUCCCAGGAUGGUUGGGAAACUUCUCCUGAAUACAUCCUUACCUUCUAUUCAAACAGUCUUCUGCAGAACAGUGCUUAUGAAGAUACCAGUUUAAACCCAAGAAAGACAUUAAGCUCAGAUUGCCUGAAAACCAAUAAAAGGGCACUUAUCAGAACAUAACAGAACCUACACAGUCACUACAUGGCAUCAACUCGUUUUACACAUGUAUUCAAAGUAAACACUGAUACUGUCUUGAAAGAGCUUAAUAUAUGAUUGAGCCACGUGGAAUUUCAGUCUUGAAACAAGUUGCUUUUUAAGUUCAGUUUUUAUAGCCCACAAUUCAUCCACCAGACAAUAUUUUAUUUUCAGUCUUGAACCAGGUUAGCAAACAACUUAUCAAAACAUUAUUGUGUACUCAAUAAUUAAGUAGAAGGAAGUUUAUUUGAAGUUGCUGUAUGUACUUGAUGUUGUUUCUAAGAUUUUUUUUAUAUUGCAAAUGGACAUUAUUUCUUAAUUAUCUAAAAUUCUAAAUGGUUAUUUUUUCUCAAGAUGAUUUGUAAAUAGUUAAUGGAAAUGUUGUAUGGUAAUUGGAGUGUAUAUUAUGCUACAUCAGAGGGAGGAGAAGGCGUAUGCUUAUUCUGCUAUGAAAAAUUCCACUGGCCAGUGAAGACAUUUUACUCCAUGUCCAUACUGUGACGAUCUCAUUGUCUACACUCUAUAAAUAAGCUUUACACUAAGUCGUUUUUCUCAGUUAUUGUGAAAGGGUUGGAGCCUUAGAAGUAUAUUGUAGGAUGCUGGUGUUCAUCCUCCGUUGGAGGCAAUGUGUUUCUUACGGUGGAGCAGCACUUAGGUCAGGGAAACGUCCAGAGCCAGCCUUGUUUUGUCUGUUUGUUUUUGGUUGGAAUGGGAAUAGGUAAUACAGAAAUCAAUGUGACUCUAAAGAAUGCUGUUCUGACUUACUAGAGAAUACCCCCACGUGGAGUUUACAGUAAUCCUAAUGAAGAGAAAGUGCAUACAUCCACAAAUUUACCUUGUUUAUGCAUAUGUAGAUUCAAAUAUGCACACAUACACAUUUUCCAGGACUAUUUUCGAUACCUAGGCAAUUUCUUCCUAAUAAAGUCAUUUGUGAAAGGGUACUACAACUCUCAUUGACAUCAGUAAGGUAGCAUUACCUGUUUGUUCUCUGCUACAUCUUACAGAAGAAUAAACUGGUGAGAGUAUAUAUUUUCUAUAUAUAUAUAUAAUGUAUAUAUAUAUAUUGACUUGUUACAUGAAGAUGUUAAAAUUGGUUUUUAAAGGUAAUGUAAAUAGUGAUUUCCUUAAUGAAAAAAAUACAUAUUUUGUAUUGUUCUAAUGCAACAGAAAAACCUUUUAAUUUCUUUGGUUCCUGUAUAUUCCAUGUAUAAGUGUAAAUAUAAUCAGACAGGUUUAAAAAAUUGUGCAUGUAUGUAUACAGUUGCAAGUCUGGACAAAUGUAUAAAAUAAAUCUUUUAUUUAAGUUGUGAUUACCUGCUGCAUGAAAAGUGCAUGGGGAACCCUGUGCAUCUGUGCAUUUGGCAAAAAUGUCUUAACAAGUCAGAUCAGAUGUUCAUCCCAACACGACAGUAUUUCAUUUCUGGACAUGACUUCUGUGGCUUAAGCUUUGUGAGGGAAUGUGCUUUGAAUCCAAGGGUCUUAAUUUUUUUUUUAAAUCAACCACUUUUCAACAUAAAGAAUUCACACAACUUCACAAAUCUUGAAAUCCCAUUGGAAACAUUAUAACCAGGAAUAGUCCAGUGUUCCUGAAUGCUGGAAUGCAGGCACAUUACCAUUUACGGUAAGAAUUCUGGGGUUUACAGCCAGUUUUGAUGCAAUCUGCUUAGUAGUAUAAUUUGCCAUUUUUAUUAGAAAUUUAAUUUCUUCAUAUGAUGUCAUGAAUUGUACAUACUGCAGUGUGAAUUUUUUGUUUUGUUUUUUUAAUCUUUUAGUGUUUACUUCCUGCAGUGAAUUUGAAUAAAUGAGAAAAAUGCAUUGUCUCUAA